AUGGGAGGCUCCAAACGAACACUGGCCGAGAUAGUCGACGCCGAUGAUAUCGACGAUAUCCCUCUCCUUCGCAUCCGUCGUCCCCGUAUCGAACCCGCUGCAUAUCCUCCUUCGACCGAGCCCUUGAGCCAAGAUGAGAUCACCGCCCGCGUCAAUGAGUUCAAUGAACUUCGCCUUAACAGCCUCCCUCUCAAUCUCAUGACACCCGAGUUCAAGCGCUACAUCUUCUGGCAUUCCAACCACCGCCUAGAACGAGCCAAACGCGAUGGCGCCACCCUCGCCGACAUCUCCAUCGGCCAAGAAUGUCUCCCAACUUGGCCUACGCAUACCUGGGAUCCGCGCGAAGAGUCUCUUCACCACAACAUCCAGUCCCGCCUCUUGACUCACGAAGCCUCCGGCCAUGCCAGCAUUCUCAUACGGCAAGACAUCAUUUGGAAGUCGAACCGGAAGCUCGAUGAAGCAAGAGCCUUGGCACACCAUGUCUCAAUGGCAUUGUACUCUAAUAAUGACGAUGAACGAACAAGCAGCCAGGAGUCCGAAGAGAGCAGGGAGGAUCUCUCCUUUUUCGGCAGCCCCGAUGCCUCAGAUGCCGUCGCCCAAAGCGGAUCUUCCGUCACUACGAAUGCGCUCCCAUCUGAUCCGCUGGGUCCUGAUACUGGUUCCGGCUCCGAUACUGACGUGGACACGGAUUCCAGCGACUCGGACGGUUUCGAUGAUCAAGUCUCUGUUGACAAUUAUCUCUCGGACGAACCUUACUACUCGGAAUACGACGAAGAGCUGAAUGUUCUCCACGGUGCCCAAAUCGCUGGCCUCUCUUCCUUUCAUUCUCGCAUCGAUCUCGAGGUUUUUCUAGCCGAGGAUGAAGAUGAGGUUGAGGACUUGCCAGAGAUGCAAAUGGUCGUCGACAGAGACUCUUUUGAGCAACAUUUCGGGACUGCUGGUGCUGUCGAUGUUGAGCUUCAUGGGGCUCGUCUUCGCUGCACUGGGGAGCUGUUUGAUCACGAUGAGGUCGCGAGCUCGUUUUCAUCUGAAGACGAGGACGAAGACAUGGAUCCCUUGAUCUAUGAGUAA